AUGAGUUCUGUCUGGGAUCUGGCUCUGGCCCUACUUUUUUUCUGCUGGGAGGCUGGGGUCUCUGUGAAUUCUACAGGCCUCAGCACCAGCAGAUCGAUUCCUUUGGUGACAACAAACAACACGGAAGUAACUGCCUUGACUCAAAGGGUCAGGCUGAGCUCAGAGGGAACCUUCCAGACCAUGGACCCUGCUGGGUAUUCAGCAUUAAGACAUGAUCCUCUGGAAACUCAAACCCUGAACCCCAAGGCCACUUCUAAGACCUUAAUCCUAACUAGCACCAUUUCAGAAGUAGAUUCCAGGGACACCUGGACCACUUCUCCUGUAACAGAGACCAAGAAGACCCAGACCACUUGCCCUUCAGCAUCGACCCUGGAGACCCAGACCACUUUCCUGGCAGCAGUAACCAUGGAGCCACAGAGCACUUUGGCUGCAAUAGAGACUGAAAAGACCCAGAUUACUUUUCCUGCAACGGAGACCACUUCUCCUGCAGCAUCAACCCUGGACCCCCAGACCACUUCCUCUUCAGCAUCAAUCUUGAAACUCCAGACCACUUCACCUGCAGCAUCAACCCUGGAAACACAGACUACAUCCCUUGAAGCAUCAACCAUGGAGAUCCAGACCACUUCCCCUGAAGCACUGACCGUGGAUACUCGAACCACUUUCUCUGCAGCAUCAACCCCGGGUACCCAGACUACUCCCUCUGCAACAUCAACCCUGGAGACACAGACCAUUUCCCCUGAAGCAUUGACCAUAGAGAUCCAGAUCACUUCCCCUGAAGCAUCCACCAUGGAUAAUCAAACCCCUUUCUCUGCAGCAUCAAUCCAGAAGUUUCAGACCUCUUCCCUUGCAUCAUCAACCAUGGAGCUCCAGACCACUUUACCUGAAGCAUCAAGCCUGAAGACACACACUACUUCCCCUAAAGCAUCAACCAUGGAUACUCAGACCUCUUUCUCUGCAGCAUCAAUCCUGGAGACACAUACCACUUCCCCUGAAGCGUCAACCAUGGAGACACAGACCACUUGCCCUUCAGCAUUGACCGUGGAGAUCCAGACCACUUCCCCGGUAGCAUCCACCAUGGAUACUCGAACCCCUUUCUCUGUAGUAUCAACCCUAGAUACCCAGAUUACUUCCUCUGCAAUAUCAACCCUGGAGAGUCAGACCACUUUCUCUCUAGCUUCAGCCCUGAAGCUCCAGAGCACUUCUGCAACAAAGACCAGAACCCUCCCGAAGACAAUACCUUCUAAUUUAGAGGUUCUGCACACCACCCCUAUGGAGACUUAUGCAACAAGUGGCAGCCUUGGGCGAACUGGAGUAACCACAGUUGAGACUGAUGUAGUCAGUGUUCCCACAGAAGCUAUCUUUGAUACUCUUUGUACUGAUGACAGCUCUGAAGAGGCCAGAAAGAUCACAACUGACCUCUUGACAUUGGCACACACCUCCACAGAAGCUAAGAGCCUGUCCUCAGAGAGCAGCUCCUCUUCUGACAGCUCAGUAGAUGUCCUCACCAGCUCACAGGCCCAGGAACCUGACAUUGCAACCCUGGCUAAGGACUUGGUUACCUUCAGCAUCACCCAUAUUGAACUUUCCAGCUGCAUCACAGAAAUAAGAACAUCUGACAUAAUCUCUGGGACCUCAGACACAGACCAUAGCCCUACAGGAGUAGCCUUGUCCACCUCUGAGACAUCAGCUUUGUUCAACUCCAUCGAGGGAGAAUCAAACGUCCCCAAGACCACAACUUCAACUGAGACCUUAUCAACAACAAGCACCUCCAAGUCAGUCAUCCUUGACACCACCCUGGAAACCAAACUCCCUACUAGUAGCAACAAAGAAAGAGAAACAACAGUACCUAAGACCCCAAUCCCCACUGAAAGUUUGGUGACAAUUAGCAGAAACCCAGCCUUCUCUAUUGAGACACAAAGUCACACUGAGGUCUUAGGGACAAUUACAAUCCCCACAGCUGCUGGGUCAACAGUGGGUGAAGUCACUUCCUUCACUGCUUCCUCAGUUUCAGUCAACAGCUCCUCAGCAGUAGCGGCCACCAAGAACUUUAUCCCCUCAGAAAUUUUUACCAUAGGUAAUAAAACCAACAGCUCCUUCCCUGUAGGUAGCAGCCUUUCUCCUUUUGUCUAUUUGACUACAGCUAGCACCAGAAAAAAAACAAACACCAGAGCCUCACCAAAGACCCCAAUGAGCCCCCCAACAUCUACACCCACCAUUGCUUGGACAAAGAAGACCACAAAAGCUACUGCAAGUGGAGAUGGAGGCUUCCUCCUUGUGCGUCUGAGUAUGGCCUCCCCAGAGGACCUCACUGAGACCAGAGUAGUGGAGAGGCUGAUGCAGCAGCUCCGCUGUGAAUUGCACACCCACAUGCCACUUGCCCAAGUCUCCCUACUGCGUGUCAGGAGGCGCUGAAGAAUGUUAGCUGCAGCCAGACAUGUCUCCUCUGCUGGAAGAAUAGUGCUGCCUGUGGCCUGGGCCCCCACCAACAGAUUGGAGCCACUGUACUGUGCUAUGGACCCAGAAUGUUCCCAUGAAGGUCAACUGGCCUUACCCCAGACAUGGUCACGGGCCCUGGCCCACUUGUGCCCUCAUGUGGGUGUGGAGGACCUACCCUGUUUCCAGGGGAGUCCUUUGCUUCCCCUAACCCCUAUGUUGUGUUUCAGUAAAGAGAGG